CAAGUCUUUCCUUUCUUUCCUUUCUUUUCUUUUAUCACUGACUUAUUAAAGAUAGGUAUGAAUUAUCAUCCGUAUCACUCUAUAGACAAUACGUUCCCAAUAGAUUUACCUAUCAUACCAAUACAAUCAUCACUACCACCAUCAUCAUCAUCACUACCAUCAUCAUCAUCAUCAUCAUCAUUCUGUCACGAUGUACAUUUUUCAAAUUUAGCCAAGGCAGCUACAGAAAUGAAUACAAACAAUAAUAAUAUGAUAUCGACUUUUUCCCAUACUACUCCCUAUAUCAACCAUCGUUCAAUGGAUCAUAUUGAAUCCCAUUUUCCAGGGUACGAAUUUCUUUUAUUGACAGGGUUCUCUUCCAUGGAAUUGAUUGGCAGAUCAUUUGCAGACUUUCUGCAUCAUGAUGAUCCAAAUCGUUAUUACUUUUCUCCAUCAUCUACCCUUUAUUUUUAUAACAAAAAUGGAACCAUCCUUUGUUUAAAAUGUAAACAUCAUUCGACAAAUGAAUAUCUUUUUGUUCCAUGUGAUAAGUCGAUUUUUGAAUCAUCAUCCUUAUUAUUAUUACCAUCUUCUGGAGUACAUGAUGGUAACACGACGCCAACCGCGGACUUUGGAUCUUCUACUUUAUGCUGCAUGAAUACCAUGGCAACUCACCUAUUUCCACCUGUCACUUCAAAUAUAACAAAUAUAUAUAGAGGACGUAAGGAUAUAUUGUUACAAAAUUAUAGUUGUGAAAGGUGUGGUACACGCGUAUCACCAGAAUGGCGUAGAGGACCGCAUGGACCUAAAACUCUUUGUAACGCAUGUGGUUUACGUUGGGCUAAAAAAAACAAGAAGAAAUGAUAUUUAAAUGGCAACUGAAACUCUUCUUCGAUUGUAUUAGAAACUAUAUAUAUUAUCCAAU